CUUUGGCGAACAUCGACUUCCCCCCUCGAACAGACUCGCGUCGUUCGUUGUACACCGCAUCCGAGAUUUCGGAUUCUUGGUGAUACACAAUUUGUACUUGGCUCGGGAAGAGCUGUACAAAAUUAAUCUAGAUGUACAGUACAUCUUUUAGCAAAUAUCAGCUACCACUAGCAGCGCUAGCGCUGGCGGCUGCGGUAGGUGGUUGGCUAUGGGGGUUGCGAAUCCGGAAGGGUCACUUGACAGCUCUUACACAGACAUGCCUGCUCUUGUUUCCGCAAGUCCCUUUAGGAAGAGGGACCGGUUCAGGUCUAGCAAAUCAGCUUUUACACAGCGAGGGCUUAGUUUGCCUCUCAGUAUGCUGUAUCAAUGAAUCAAUCGUUGAUUCAAUAUAUUCAAGUCUACCGCAUGUGGAGACUACAUUGAAAUCGGGACCGUGUGUCACUUCUCGUGGAUGAUGACCCAUCUUUUUAAACGUUUUCUAUAGCAUGAUACACGCAAUGUGUAAUGUUUAUCCCAGUAUAAUUGGCCUUAAAUUUUAUUUU